AUCAUACCAUGCUCUAGAAAGAGCAUCCUUGGUACUUUUCUCUUUACUGCUGGUUGAAAUUUGCCGGGCUCAAUUCCAGUUCUCCCUUUAACUUCCUUCUUGGGGGUUAAGUCUCCGAUGCUCUAAUUCAGAGGAAAAUGACUUAUUUUCAAAAGCAGUGAAAAACACCUCAUUCUUUUGGCACAGGAUGAAGACCAACUCAGCUCUUCAGCCGUGAUCAUUGUCUAUUGUUCUCCGAACAGUAAACCACUAUUUCACACUGAGAUUGUUGGCUGCUGUUGUAGUCCAAGUGCUGGCUCCUCAUGAAUAUGAAGUGAAGGUCUCUGACCCAGAAAGUGGCAGGUUCCAAGCAGGGAAAAAUGGGGUCUUGGAAGUGUGGAGGCUGCCUAAGUUGUCUGCUGAUUUCUCUUGCACUUUGGAGUAUCAUUGUGAAUAUAUUAUUGUAUUUCCCAAACGGGCAAACUUUCUAUGCAUCCAGCAAUAAACUCACCAACUACGUGUGGUAUUUUGAAGGACUCUGUUUCUCAGGAGUAAUGAUGCUUGUAGUAGCUGCAGUUCUCCUUGUCCUGGACAAUAAACAUAAAUGUUGCCAGAGUGAAAACUGCAGCAGAAAGUACAUGACACUGCUGUCUGUUAUCUUUUCUGCCCUUGGAAUUGCUUUCUCUGGAUACUGCCUGGUCAUAUCUGCUUUGGGUCUUGUCCAGGGCCCAUACUGCCGCACCCAGGAUGGCUGGCACUAUGCAUUUGAAGGCACUGCAGGACGUUUUCUUACAAACUCCAGCGAAUGGACCCAGUGUCUGGAACCCGCACACGUGGUGGAAUGGAAUGUCAUUUUGUUUUCCAUUCUCAUAACCCUCAGUGGGCUUCAAGUGAUCGUCUGCCUCAUCCGAGUAGUCAUUCAGUUAUCGAAGAUGCUGUGUGGAACCUAUUCAGUCAUCAUCCAGCCUGGAAUCAUUUGAAUAAGGACAAGAAUGUUUCCAUUAUCAAGAUAUGAGCACCUGUCUAAGUUAUAUCCACUGUAUACACUGGAGAGCAAUUUUCAAAUGAUAAGAGUUUUUUACAUUUGGUGUAUAUUGUGAUAAUUUUGAAAUGUACAGUCCUCACUGGAAGUGCUAAUUACGCUACCUUUUCAUUUAGAAUUUUUUUCAAAGUUAUAUGUGCCAGGAACUUCAGAAAUGUUCAUAACCUUUGAUCAAAAAAACUAUCUCAAGAAUCUAUGAUAUGGAAACAAGAAUGUGAAGUAAAGCUUCAUGUAAAUCUGUAUAAUUGCAACAUUAGUUAUUAUUCUGGAAAAUUAUAAAUAGCCAAGUCUACCAUGAGGGGAUGUAGUAAAGAGUGGUACAUUAGGAAUGAAAUUAUAUGGUAAUUACAAAUGAUGUUUUAGGAAUUAAUAAUGCUACAUAAAAAGGCAAGUUAUAAAGCUAGGUGUAGUGGUGCAUGCCUGUAAUCCCAGCACUUAGGAGGUUGAGUCAGGAGGAUUGUUGUGAGUAUGAGGCCAGCCUGGGCUAUCUACGAAGUUCAAGGCCAAUCUGAACUACAUGGUGAGACCCUGUUUCAAAACAAAACAAAACACAAAACCAAAAAAAGGCAGUUUACAAAUUUAUAUUUUUCAGUAUAAGCAUAACUAUCUAAAACUAUUGUGCACACCUAUACUCCCAGCACUCAAGAUACUAAGGCAGGAGGGUCCUGGUGAGUUUAAGGCCAGCCUGGGCUAUAUAUUGAGAUCAAGGCCAGCCUGAACUACUUGGCGAGAGCCUGUCUCAAAAAAAACUAAAAUAUUUUUUGUUGGUUUGCUACACCAAAUAAUUAAAAUUUGGGAUAGAAACUAAAUCUAGAAGGAAAUUCACCAAAGUACCAGCCAGGUAUGGGUGAUUUGGGUCAUCGACAACUACUCUUCCUACAUAUCUCUGAGGUUUAUUGAACAUGUUUUACUCUAAAUAUUUUUAAACAUAUUUUUAUUAUUGAAGUUUCUAAAGGCAUAUGGCCUUUCCACAUGUUUCCCAGCAUUAAGUAUCUGCAAACAUCAUGCAAGGUCACUUUAAUGACUUUCAAUGACAAAGCUCCAAAAAGAGUUUUAUAUAAACUUGUGCAACCUAGUUAACUCUUGGUCUUCUUUUCUUAUUCCUGGUAGUGUCAAGAAGAUGUAGCCUUGAUGUACAUAAACAGCUGUGUGCUAUAGAAAAUGACUGUUUACCAGUUGAUACCUGUGUCAUGGGAGUUAUUAGUGUAUUUAUAAAUACAAAAAAAUUUUUCAAACAAAAUUUCAAGUAGAACAUGACAAAUAAACUUUCCACCUGUAAGUACCAUGCUCCCUUGAGGACAGCAACCAUGCCUCAUAUUUUCCCACCAGCUAUGGGCCCAGGGCGCACUCUGAGCUGAUGUCCAUGCCAGGCCUCUGCUCCCUGGGGCUGCUCUGCUGAGUGCUGUCCUCAUCACAGACCCUCCUGGCCUCAACACUCCUGCCACCUCUCCAUUGCCAUCUCCAUGGACACUGUCAGCACCUGCUCUGUGCCAAUGCCAGCCAACAAUCUGGAGGGCUGGGGGAUGCCUGUCUCCUUGGUGCCUACUGGGCCAACAGUCUCCUUUAAGAGAAGCCACCUUGUCCACAGCCUUUGCUGGAGUGAGCAUUCUGAAAGUGAGCUCGCUGGCAGAACCAGGGGGGUCUCUCGAGCCUCGGGAGCCUGUUGUUAUGCUAGUGGUCUGACUCAGCCUGGAGUAGACACUGUCCAAAUAAGAUUGGUGGUUACAUGUGCUUGAGAAUUUGAACUAGGAAGCUCAGAAGGAAGCAACUGGAGCACAGCUGUAAGGAAAAUGAUUGAAAGUUGAGAAGGAAGCCAAUACACAGAGAAUACCUGCUUCAUGUUAGUAAUGGCGUCCAUCUGGAGGAAGACAGAUGAACUUCUGUCCCUAAGGCCCCUUUGUCAUUCUGCCUUUGUCCAUAAUAAACAGUGACAGUGUUCAUGAAGACUGACUUCCACUCUUGGAUUCUUGGGUGAACUCUCUGCUUUAUCACUGGGUCAUUUCAAUAAAUCUCAUGCUAAAUCACGGCAGCUCUCUUCAUUGCAACCAAAAUGACCCAACCAAGGUCUCUGCUUUCUAUAUUCUGUGUUAGAGGCUUCUACAGGAGAGAUGUUUAAGCCCAGAGUUGUAUGGAGAUUCACUCAACUUUCUUUAAAAACUAAUUCAUAAUGCUUAAUUCUUCGAAGAACUUAAACACGAGUUUGGUAGGUCCUGGUUCAGGAGACAGCCCAAGGUAUGAAUACCGUGUUGCACUCUGAGUGCGCCACCCUUCUGGCAGCAAAAGGAUUUCUCACUCAGUGAAGCCCAUAAGCAGGCCAUGUCCAGCCCCUUCUUUUAAAAUUCUCCCAAAGAUACCUCAGCCCUCCUGUAAACAAAUUUCUGGCAAGUCAAUCCCUCCAGUUUUUCAGACAAAUCACACUAGCUCAAUCUUGUUUAGAUUCAAUAUAGUGCCUCACAUUGAGUGGGCUCUGAAUAAAUGCUAGCUAAAUGACUCCACUACAGAAUCGGGGACACUAUCUAGUGUUAGCAUAUGGCCACAGGCAGUGACUUUUCUACCAGUAUCCAUUUAAGGAGUUUAAAAUAGGAGAGGCAGGUAUGUGUGUCAUAGAUCCUUUCCUUACACCCUAAGGGGUUAUAUUUCCACUAAUACUCAACAUCCUGCCAGCUAAUCAUAGUUGAGGGUAAUUUCUAUUUUAUAUAUUUCUGGUCUUUAUAUAUUACUUAUCUCCAGUUCUCCUUGAGUCUAUCUCACUGUUCUUUUCUUUACUUCUUAAAUUGAAUGGCUACCUUAUUAAUUUCCUUUCUUCUUUUCUAAAAAAUAAGCACUAAAACUACACACUUUCAUUUAUGUACCAGUUUCAGUACAUCACACAAGUUUUGAAAUGUUGUAUUUUCCAUAUUGUUAGUUACAAAUACUUUCUACUUUUCUGUAUGAUUUAUUUUUUGAUCCGUGAGUUUUAAAAUGUGCUUUAAGAUUCUUAGAUAUAUAAGGUUUUAUGUUUUUUAUUGAUUUUAAAUUUAAUUGUACUGUAUUCACAGAAAGUGACUUAUACAACCUUGAUGCUUUGAAAAAAAUUAAGAUCCGUUCUAUGAAAGAUUUUUAUAAAUAUUCUGUGUACUUAGAAAGUGUAUGUUUUCUCCAAAUGUUGGGUACGUGAUGCACAUGUGUCUAUUAGGUCAAGUUGUUAAUUUUGUUGUUCAGUUAUUCAAUAUUUUUCCUUUUGGGCUGUUUGGUUAAUCUAGGGCUGCUGAGAGGGAUAAAUGAGUAUGUGUAUGCA